AUGUUGGACUCAGAUGCUACGGGCCUUCGACCAAUUAGUUCUUUUGAACCCAAAAUCAUUCAUUUACUUUCCGUUGAUAAAUUUUCCCUAACAAGGAAAUUAGUAACGGAACAGAUGGAAGCUAGACGUUCAAUGGAAACUAAUGACGUAGACGUGGAGUAUGUGAGACUAAUAGAAGAAGAUUCUUCCGGUGCUGGAUUUGGGUUGCGCUUGCAGGAAGAAACCGUACCUCAAAGCCCUAGCAAUGGCAAAUCGUGGACAUGGUUGCUGAAGUUGAUUGUAAUUUGCAUAUCUUUGGUUGUUGUCCCUGCUAUAAAAUGGGAAGAACAGGCGUUCAACAGUUUCGAGCAAGUAAUUGUAAUCUUUGCUUCGUUAGCGCUAUUCCCAGUCGUAUGUUUGCCAUCCACACCUUCAAUCUGGGUGGCUGGAAUGACUUUCGGCUAUGGUAAGGAAUUUCUACUGGUUGUGGCGGGGGUAUCUGUUGGUGUAUCGUUACCUUAUUUCGCUGGUUCAAUCUUUCAUGGCAAAAUCCAAGGGUUGUCAGAGAAAUAUCCACAGCAUGCUUCUAUAUUGAGACUAGCCGGGGAAGGAAAAUGGAUUCAUCAAUUUCAAGCUGUUACCUCGAUUAGAAUCUCUCCGUUACCCUAUAUUAUACUUAAUCAUGCCGUCGUGGCUACCAAUGUCGAUUACAGUCCUUACUUGUUCGGGACAUUAGUGGGGAUGGUGCCUGAAGUUUUUGUUGCGCUGUACAGGUUAGAUCAUCAUCAGUUCCAUAUUUUGAUACGCUCAUUUGAGGAGGCAACACAAGAUAAGAGAACUCCUACGAGGGAGUUGUUAGUUUUCAACGUUGUAGGGUUUUGUGCAUCUAUGAUAGCUAUUUUAUCGGCAUUCACACAAAGAGGAGACGUGAUCGGCAAAUUCAGACCUUGUGGAGAAGCCGAAGUCGGAAGAAUGAACGGCAAUGGAAAUACGUUUGAUAGGGAUUAA